CUCAUGCCGAGCCGCUCCGCGCGUCGGCACCCCGUUACGUCAUCAAACCGCGCCGCUCCGAGAGCCGGGGCGGGGCUCGACGUAAGCCACGCCCCCUUCGCCACGCCCCCCUCCCUCGGCGACGCCCCGCUCCGCUCAGAGCCGCGGCGCUGCGCGGCCAUGGAGGCGCCGCCGCGGGGGGCCGAGCGGGGCUGGUACCUGUCCGCCCGGCGGCAGCGGGACUGCGGCCAGGGGGAGGACGGCGGCGGCGAUAGCGAGGAGGACGACGAGACCGCGCCGCUGCUGCCGCCGGCGUCGGGCAGAGGCUCCUCGCAGCGCGGCUCCUCCUUCGGCCUCUCCGUGUUCAACCUCAUGAACGCGAUCAUGGGCAGCGGCAUCCUCGGCUUGUCCUACGCCAUGGCCGGCACGGGGGUCCUGGGCUUCAGCGCCCUGCUGCUGAUGGUUGCCGGCCUCGCGGUUUACUCCGUGUUCCUCCUGCUCAGCAUGUGCACGCAGACCGCUGUCACUUCCUACGAGGACCUCGGCCUGUUUGCGUUUGGAUCAGCUGGAAAGGUCCUUGUUGCAACUACAAUAAUUAUCCAGAAUAUAGGAGCUAUGUCAUCUUAUCUGUUAAUUGUGAAGUCUGAGCUUCCUGGUGCUGUUGCAGGGUUCUUAAGUGGAGAUGAGAGCGGGUCCUGGUACCUCGAUGGGAGACUGCUGCUACUCAUUACUUGGGUCUGCAUUGUAUUUCCCCUCGCGCUUCUUCCUAAAAUCGGCUUUCUUGGCUACACAAGUAGUUUAUCAUUUUUCUUUAUGGUGUACUUUGUGCUUGUGAUUAUGAUUAAAAAAUGGUCCAUCCCUUGUCCUCUACCUCUGAGCAGUACAAUAGAGACUUUACAGGUUUCAAAUUCUACUGCGGAUUGUAAAGCAAAACUCUUUCAUCUUUCAAAAGAGAGUGCUUAUGCAAUACCAACCAUGGCCUUCUCUUUUCUCUGCCAUACCUCAGUCUUACCGAUUUACUGUGAGCUCCAAAGUCCAUCCAAAAGUAGAAUGCAGAAUGUAGCUGUCACAGGAAUUGGCCUGAGUUUCAUAAUUUACUUUAUGUCUGCUUUGUUUGGGUAUCUGACAUUUUAUGACAAAGUGGACUCUGAAUUGCUGCGAGGUUACAGCAGUUACCUGCCACAUGAUACUGUCAUCAUGACUGUUAAACUGGCCAUACUGUUCUCCGUGCUUCUGACAGUCCCUCUAAUCCACUUCCCAGCGAGGAAAGCUGUAUUGAUGGUGUUUUUCUCUCACCUUCCCAUGUCUUGGAUUUGCCACAUCCUUGUCACUUUAGUUCUGAAUACAAUCAUUGUUUUGUUUGCAAUGUAUGUGCCAGACAUUAAAAAUGUAUUCGGAGUAGUUGGUUCAACCACAUCGACGUGUUUGCUUUUUGUGUAUCCUGGACUGUUUUAUCUUAAACUUAGCAGAGAGGACUUUCUGUCACCACACAAACUCGGGGCAUGUGCAUUGGUUAUUUUUGGUGUUUGUGUUGGUCUGCUCAGUUUAAUUCUAAUAAUCCUCAAUUGGAUUAAUCAGUGACGCCAUGUGGUUACUGUCCACAGUGGACUUCAGGAGGACAGCAAGACCCAGAGAUACGGGCAGCCUACAGAAAGCACUGACAGCAACCAUCUUCAGAACAAAUAACACUUUUUCAGCCUGUUGUUGAUGUUCCUUCAUUACUCUUGAGUCUAAAAUACUACUUCUUAAUGAUGCUGUUAUGGCAGGUAAAAAGAUCUCUUGAUAAUUCCUGCUACACAAAGAUGGUUUGGUGCACGUGAAUGAAUGAGAACCUUAAGACAAGUUUUCUUUUAAAGAGAAUGAGGUGGAUUUUAAAUCAGUUGUGAUGUGCAUAUAACGUAUUAUCUUAGCAGUAGAAGACUGCUGCUACUUCUAUAAUUUCCAAAAGUUCAGCCAGUUGAAAUUAGGAACUGACUGAUUCCAAAUGUUUACCCUAAUCUAUCCUAAUACAGAUUCAGAGACCGACCAUCUUAGCCCAGUUUAAUGGGCACAUCAUGAUAAUUGUAUUCUUGUUUAUUACCUCCUGUGUACUUGAAUCAUAUUGAAGUAAUUUUUAAAUUAGCAGCUUUUGCCCAUCCAGCAUAAUAAGUUCUUGCAGCAUUAGUGAUUUUGUUUGUAGUUAAUAAUAGAUCACUUUCAGUUAAUUCAGUAUUAUUCAAAUUACCUCAGUAUUCCUGCCAGUGGGAGACCUUUUUUUCUCUCACUCCUAUUUCUACCAGCAUUUCCUAUUUGAAAUACAACAUAUCUGUGUUUUAUGUACUGCUGUGUGUUUGGACUUGAAAGGUGGCAUUCUGCUGUCCUAAAGGCAAAUGAAAUUUUAUGUUUGUGGACCCUUGAUUUUACCCCAAAUCUCUAAACAUUCACACACCCUUUUGUAAUUGUAAUUUUUUUCUGUCUAAAUGAAUCGUGAAUGCAGUUUUCAACACCAGCUGGGCUUUGUUAUGUAUGGUAUGGGGUGCCCACCACAAAAGUUCCUCAUAUCAGCCACUGCUUUCAUUCUACUAAUAUCAUGGUAAGCUUCCUUAAAUUUCUACCAUCAGAUGGAAUCUGAUGUCUUUAGAAUAGCCUAAUCUCUUUAGAGACUAUACCCUGAAGAAGUCAAGCCUCCGCAGAAAUGCCUUAUGUAAAGUUCAGAAAUCAGACCUCAGACUCGAACUGCAGGAUUUAGAGAGUGGGAAAGUUCUUCAUUAUUUCCAGAUGCAGUAUUUCUUUUAAUUUAGCUUAGCACUUUUACAUCUGAGAAUUGGAAUGAGAUACAAAUGAAACAUAGUAAAUUAAUCAUCUGUGUAACAUGAAAGAAGUUAGUGUAUGACAUUUAUGGAAAUGUUUCUGUCCGUAAGGUGAACAGUAAAUUAGUUGACUCUAGCUAGAAAAUCCUGUUGAAACAGUUCUGUUAAUAUGUUGACAUAUGUUUUCUCAUUUGAGAUAGGGAAGACGCCCUAGAAACUGACAUUUCUAACCUCUUAGCAGCAGGUCUGUCUUUCUUAAGCUCCUGUGCAAAACUGGGGCCAGAAACUAAAAGUGAGAAAUAAAGCUACAGCAAAAUCAUAGCUGUGCUGUUCCCAAAAGCACUUCUGCAUAAAGAGUCGUAUUUUCCAGUGAUGCAGGAGAGGCAGCAUUCAGUCUUUUAAGUAUUGAUAUUUUAUUUUUGUUAAUGUUGUCA